CCCGGGACGCAGCUGGAGAUAGGCACCAGCAACCCUCCCGACCCCACUAAGGGAAGAAGGGUGUAAGAAAAUGGAUGGAUGGAUGGAUGGACAACUUGCCAUACUAAAACCACAAUUUAUUCUCAUGAACUUUUAGUUUUUACUGUAAUUCUCAUCAACAUCAUAUGUAGUUCUAUGUGUUAAACCUGUGCGGUUCUUGUUCAUUCAAACUACACUAGUUCUUUCAUGGUUCUCAAACCACAGUAGAUGUCUGCCUGUUUAUGAUUCACUAUUUGUUGAUUUUUCUGUCUACAAUAGUCCAAAUUAUUUGUGGAAAGAUGCCCAAUCACAAUUGUUUGUGUGUAUCUACAAUGUUCUGUUCUUUGUCUCUUUUUGAUUUGUUUUGCCUGUUUCCUGGUCUGUGUUUACUCUUCUUCCGCUCCUCUUGGGCCAUCAUUCUCUUGCCUUCAUUCUCUCUGUCUGGUCUCAAAUCUUAGCUGAAGUUUUUUUUUUUUUACUAAUAAGCCACCUGGCCCUUGUCAGCAAAAAAAAAACAACUCCCUAGUGCUGUAGCUACUCUCUUUCCUUUACACUUUUCUUUUGUUUUCUUUGUUUUCUCCCCGUGAGGGCCUCUGCUUCUCUUUGGUCUGUCUGUUCACGCUGAGGACACCCAUGCAACCGGCAGUGCUCUGCAUCUGUGUCCGACACAUCGCAACCUCCACGUGAGGUGAGAAAAAGGCAGAUCUUUUACACCUUCUCCAAGGGAUCGGGCUGCGGUCUGCACUUCUCUUCUUCUUAGCUGUCAUUUCCAAGAUUCACAACUAGUGUCAUGUAUCAAAACCAUAAAACCCCUCCUACGGCUCAGAUCAUCAGGCUCCCCGCCUGCAGCAGCCCCAACAGAUCUCAAGGCAGCAGCAGAAGUUACACAGCUCUCUCCUGCAGCAGCAGAAGCUGACCUUGCUGCUGCUAUCCUCCUCUCUGACAACCUAUCUCUUUCUGGGCUCCUCCAAGGAUGUCUCUGGCUUCAGUGCCAGCCUCCUGAGUACCUGAAUGGGCUCCAGACACACACCAAGUGUUCCGGCCUACAGAGCUCUUACAUGGGUCCCUGUCUCAAGAUGCUCCUUGGGCCUCCAGUAAAGUCUACCCAAAAGUUCCUUUGCUUUCAUCGCCAACCAUCAUCUGGGUUCUUCCGUCUUUAGAAUCAGUCUUCAGAAUCCUCAGUCAUUGUUAUCAACUUCUGGAUUCUCCUACUCCACUAUUGCUGGCCUCAAAGUUCCGGUGUUGCUAGCUUUCAGUCUCCAAGCAUUUGCGUAAUCUCCCUCCUGUGGGUCCUGAUUUGCUGCCCAGACAGCCUCUUGAGCGCCUUCGUCACAUGCCUCUGGUCUCCUGGCCUCCUAUGAUAAUGGUCUCAAAAUUCCAAGCUUCUGCACUGUGCCACAGUCUUCCAGAGCUCCAGCGCUAUAAGCCUCCUGACUCCCAUCAUUCCCAUGUCUGACUUCCUACAUAUUUUCCUGGGUUCCUUCAGCAGUACAACCUACAUCCAGAAUUUCUUUUAACCAAGUUGAAUAAUGAACUUAACUUGAUUGCACUGUUUGAUAGCUAGAAUCCAUUGGAAGCUGUAAAGUGCCAAAAAGUCUUUUUUUAUACACAGGUACUGCUGAUGAUCUAAUCAUCAAGAGUCUUUGUCAGACCCACCUUAAUCCUAUGGAAACAGCAAACAGUAUUUAUUUUUAUUUAUAGUUUUUUAUGACUGUUUGUAUUAUUCUUAUUCAUUCAGUAUUGUCGCUUUUAUCAUGUGACAUGUCAUGACACUACUGUAUAGUUCACUCCACAGAGAACCACUGUUUAAGAUUAAACUCAGAGGUGCAACAUGAAAUAAUAUACAGAAUAGGUUUUUUUUGUAUAAAACAUCACACAAGGGACAAAACAUUUGGACCAAUUUAGCAAUCAUUCAGUAUGUUUUGAUAAAUAAAGCAUUCAGUCUAUUCAUGUAACCUCAUGAUGACAUUUAAAUCUGAAGUGUUACAACUUCACAUUCCUAUUAGAGGAAAUGAUGACCUAUUUUGACUCUUUCGUCCUUAGAGAGAACUGAAAGGAGUUUAUCUACAUGCUGCUCAACGUUUCUUUCAGAACUUCUGUUUACAAAAUCUGCCUCUUCAACGCUGAGCAGUACUCACUUAAACCUCCUGAGACCCGGCCCAUUCAUUUGUGUCCUUUAUAGUGGACAUUUUGUUCACCUGUAUUUUCUUUUACUAUUUUGAGUUACCCUAUCAAGCCCUGCAUUACUCUUUAGAGGACAUCCUGGGCUUUCCAGUGAUGUGUCAUGUGAUAGGUUUGCAUGCUGGGAACUCACUUUUUCUUUUCAAUCAAAAUGGCUGGCAUACCAACAACCACAUUUUAUGGAAAGAGGAAAGAUUCACACCUGUGCUACCUGGGCUUCCUGUCUAUCAAGAUGACCCUAAAAUCCGAGAACACUGGAGUCCAAUCCAAUACUUUUCGCAGUACAUCGACGACAAAAUCUUUGAAGAUUUGGCAGCUUUUACAAAUCAAAGACAGCUGCAAACGACAGGAGUGUCACUAAAUACUACUGCUCAAGAAAUCAAGAUUUUCUUUGGCUAAUCAGUACACAUGGCCUGCCUUGGCUAUCCCAAAGUUAAAAUGUUUUGGGCUAAAAAAACUAAAGUGCCAGUUAUUAGCAGGAAAAUGACAAGGGAUAGAUUCUACAAGCUGAGAAGCUCACUCAAGAUUGUUGAUGAUCUGGAUGUAACAGAAGAGACAAAGGAGUCAGACAUUCUUUGGAGAGUCAGACCAUUGCUUGACCGUGUGAGGCAAGGUUGUCUCAGACUUCCAAGGUAUAAUAAGGUCUGCAUUGAUGAGCAAAUCAUCCCUUUCACAGGCCGCUGUCCAGUCAGGCAAUAUGUCCCAGGCAAGCCAAACCCUACUGGCCUAAAAGUCUUUGUCCUUGCCUCUCCAAAUGGUCUGGUGCUGGAUUUUGAGGUGUAUCAAGGGAAGAAUACGUUCAGGGGCCAAAGGUUGGGAGUUGGAGCUGCAGCAGUCUUGCGAUUGGUUGAAUCUCUUCCCACAGGAACCUGUGUAUUCUUUGAUCGAUACUUCACAACAAUCGAUCUCAUGGAUGCUUUGCUUGCAAAGGGUCUUCCAGCAAGCAACAUUAAUGAGGAACCAAGUACCAAAGCCAUGCCAGCUACCAGGAGAUAAGCAGCUGCGAAAAGAAGGGAAAGGAGCAUCAGUGACGGUGGUCCGGAGGAGGCCUGAGCUGGCAAUCACUAAAUGGUUUGACAAUAAACCAGUGUUGAUGGCUUCCACUGUGUAUGGGAAAGAUCCAGAAGAUAUCUGUAGCAGAUGGUCCAACAAAGAAAAGGCUCAUGUCCAGGUGCGACGACCAGCAGUGAUCAGAGAAUACAAUGACAACAUGGGUGGCGUAGACCUGUGUGACCAAAUGCUGAGCUUUUAUCGCAUGUCAACCAGGACCAAGAAAUGGACAUCACGUGUGAUCACUCAUUUCUUUGAUGUUGCCAUUACAAACGCUUGUAUCCAAUACAAGUCUGACAGUAAAGCGAUUAAUCGAUCAUCUAAGAACACCCAACAGUAUCUGGACUUCAAAUUGCACCUGGCUGAAGAGCUGUUGGAUAGUCCUUCAUUUGAUGACAGCAGUGAAGACAGUGAUGAAGAGUAUCAGCCACCAACCAAAACCAGGAUCCCUCAACCAGAGCCCUCUGUACGCAGACUAGGGGCCAGGCACAUGCCAGAGAUGGUGGAUAUCAAGCAUGCAGAAAGAUGCAGGAAUAAGGGCUGCAAUGGCAAGACAUACAUGAGGUGUACCAAAUGCAAGAUGUUUCUCUGCAUCACCAAAAGGAAAACGUGCUUUCAGGAUUAUCACCGCUAAAAUAUCCAAAAGAAGAACUGUAGAACUGCUUAUGUUCAAUGUUCAACUAAAUACACAGGCAACUAUUGUCCUUGCAAGCAAUAAGCAACAGAAAACAAUGAAGAGUGAUAAAGAAUUUAGUUUUUGAUCAAAUUAAAUUUAUUCUUUUGUUAAUAUUACUCUAAAGCGAUAAUCUGCUCAUUUUCUAAAUUCAGUUGUAUUUUUACACUAAAAUCAUCUUG